AUGGAUGAAAAGAAAGUGAAGGGAGUGUGCCACGAACGUCCUGCAAGAGAAGAUAUGAUAAGCAAAUUACCCGACUCUUUGAUAUCUCAGAUACUUUUUUAUCUCCUGAGAACUAGUGUUUUGUCCCAUAGGUGGGAAAGUCUCUGGCUUCUGAUCUCUGAGUUGGAUUUGAGCUCUUCCGAGUUUCCAGAGUACAAUGCAUUUGUGGGUUUCGUCGACAGGUUCCUAGAGAAGUCUUGCUUGCACAAGCUCAAACUAAAGAUUCUGAAACGUAAGAAUAAUAAGCCUUGCGUCAUGCGGUGGGUAGACUUUGUGGCGAGGCGUAAACUAAUUAAACAUGUUGACGUUGAGUAUAUCUAUGUCUCUCGUAAGCGUUUGGAAGUGAUGCCCGUAAGCCUCUAUGUCUGCGAGACGCUCCUUUACCUAAGACUCAAUCGGGUAUUCGUUGGUAGUUUAGACUCUGUUUCUUUGCCAUAUCUCAAGACUAUGCGUUUAGACGAAAACAUGUAUGACAGUGAUACGGGUAUAGAGUCACUUAUCUCGUCUUGUCCAGCUCUCGAAGAUUUGAGCAUUGUUAGAAGGUUGGAUGAUAAUGUGAGAGUUCUACGAGUGCACUCUCAGACAAUAACAAGUCUUAGAGUAGAACAUGAUUGCAGUUGUGAUCAUGCCUUUUUCUAUUUUGAUUGGGAAACGUUGGCGCUUUUCAUUGAUGCCCCUAGACUUAAGUAUUUGAACUAUAACAACGAAAUAGCACCGAGUGAAUUCAUAAGCAAUUUGGGUUCCUUAGUUAAGGUCCAUUUUGUUGGCGACGUUCGUAUUACAUACUCUCAUGAUAUGGAGGUUGCUUAUCACAGCAACAAACGGUCAGUAACUUUUUCAGAUGUAUCUCAACGGCUAGGGAUCUGGUCAUCUCUGAGCUUAUUAUGGAAGUUAGUCCACAUUGUGCUCACCCACAUUCUUGUUUUCUUCUGUGUAAGCCGUUAA